AGGGGGGGGGAGGGAGAGGGGGGGCCGUGGAAGGGGUAAAAGAAGAAAAAUAUAUAUACCUGCCCGCCCCCCCCCCAGCUCCCCCACCCCGCUUCCCGGCCGCCCCCCCCCCUCCGCCCAGCGCAGCCCGCGGAGUCCCCUUCGGCUCUGCCCAGCCCGGCCUGGGGGCCCGGGGGCGGCGGCGGGUCCCGACCGGCUCCCGGGCCGAGCCGAGCCCAGCCAAGCCGCACUGGCUUCUUUGUCUGCGGGCGGCGGCCGCCUGGCCCCGGCCCCGGCCCCCUGGCCCGGGCUGUGAGAUGAAUCUGUAAUCGGUGGCCGCCGGGCACCCGGGGCGGAGGCGGCUCGGGCUCGGGCUCCGAUGAAGAAACUGAGGCACAAAAGUUAAACCAUUUGUCCUGAGGCCCACAGCUAGUGGAAUAUGAGAGGAUAUGAACAAUCAGUAGGCAUUUGGAUAUAUGAGGCUGAAGUUCCCUGAGGAGGUCCCGGCCAGAGAUUGAGAUUUGGUCCUUGUGUGGCCGAGUGAGCGCGCCUGGGGAGGAAGUGAGGAGUUCAUGGCACCAUUCAGCUCGGCCCCAGUUACCAAUCUUGGCUAAUCUGCCAAUCCCCUGCUUCCUGUCAUUGUGGCCUUUUUGAAUGGCAGCUUUGCAAGAGACUGUGGAUCAUCUCUCCUCCCUGGCUGUCAGGCUGUGGACCCUGCAUGGCAUCAUGAGCUCAAAGGAGGCCAUUCAAAUGCUGUGCUAGGUGUGGGCCAGCCCCCACCCCACCCUAAGUGACCAUGGAUCCUGGAGCCGGGCCAGAGUCAUCACUGACCGUCAAUGAGCAGGUCAUCGUGAUGUCAGGCCACGAGACCAUCCGCGUGCUGGAAGUUGGAGUGGAUGCCCAGAUCUCUGCUGAGGAGGAGGGCAAAGGACUGGAGGGUGUCGCUGCCGAGGGCUCCCAGAGCAGAGGCCCGGCCGAAGCCAGUGAACCCGCUGGUGAAGCUGGGCCAGACAACCCAGACUCCUCUGCAGAGGCAACUGUGAAGUCUCUCCCGGGGAUCCCUCCGAGCCCUGCCCCUGCGGUUGCCACCUUCAGCCAAGCCCCAAGCCAGCCUCAGGCAUCGCAGACCCUGACGCCACUGGCUGUACAAGCUGCCCCCCAGGUCUUGACUCAGGAAAACUUAGCCACAGUUCUGACAGGAGUUAUGGUUCCAGCAGGGGCAGUUACUCAACCUCUUCUUAUCCCCAUCAGUAUUGCAGGUCAAGUGGCUGGUCAGCAGGGGCUGGCCGUGUGGACAAUUCCUACAGCAACCGUGGCUGCCCUCCCAGGACUGACAGCUGCUUCUCCUACGGGGGGAAUUUUCAAGCCACCUUUAGCCGGUCUGCAAGCAGCUGCCGUGCUGAACGCCGCUCUCCCGACACCCGUACAAGCUGUCCCGCCGGUACAGGCCUCCUCGCCCACGCAGCCCCGGCCAGCGGCCCAGCCCCAGACGCUGUUCCAGACCCAGCCGCUGCUGCAGACCACGCCGGCCAUUCUACCGCAGCCCACCGCUGCCACCGCUACUGCCCCCGUCCCCAAGCCAGUGGACACCCCCCCACAGAUCACCGUCCAGCCUGCAGGCUUCGCACUGAGUCCAGGAAUUAUCAGUGCUGCUUCCCUCGGGGGACAGACCCAGAUCCUAGGCUCCCUCACUACCACUCCGGUCAUUGCCAACGCCAUUCCCAGCAUGCCAGGGAUCAGCAGUCAGAUCCUCACCAACGCUCAGGGACAGGUUAUUGGAGCACUUCCGUGGGUAGUGAACUCGGCUAGUGUGGCAGCCCCAGCACCAGCCCAAAGCCUGCAGGUCCAGGCUGUGACACCCCAGCUGUUGUUGAAUGCCCAGGGCCAGGUGAUCGCGACCCUGGCCAGCAGCCCCCUGCCUCCGCCCGUGGCUGUCCGGAAGGCAAGCACGCCUGAGUCCCCUGCUAAGAGUGAGGUCCAGCCCAUCCAGCCCACGCCAGCCGUGCCGCAGCCAGCGGUGGUCAUCACCAGCCCAGCCCCGGCGGCCAAGCCAUCUGCCUCUGCUCCCAUUCCAAUCACCUGCUCUGAGACCCCUACUGUCAGCCAGUUGGUAUCCAAGCCGCAUACCCCAAGUCUGGAUGAGGACGGAAUCAACUUGGAAGAGAUCCGGGAGUUUGCCAAGAACUUUAAGAUCCGGCGGCUGUCCCUGGGCCUCACACAGACUCAGGUGGGCCAGGCUCUGACUGCAACGGAAGGCCCAGCCUACAGCCAGUCAGCCAUCUGCCGGUUUGAGAAGCUGGAUAUCACACCCAAGAGUGCCCAGAAGCUGAAGCCAGUGCUGGAAAAGUGGCUGAAUGAAGCCGAACUCCGGAACCAGGAAGGGCAGCAGAACCUGAUGGAGUUCGUGGGAGGUGAGCCCUCCAAGAAACGCAAACGCCGCACCUCCUUCACCCCCCAGGCCAUAGAGGCUCUGAAUGCCUACUUCGAGAAGAACCCGCUGCCCACAGGCCAGGAGAUCACCGAGAUUGCUAAGGAGCUCAACUACGACCGGGAGGUCGUGCGCGUCUGGUUCUGCAAUCGGCGCCAGACGCUCAAGAACACCAGCAAGCUGAAUGUCUUUCAGAUCCCUUAGGGCUCCGCCCCCGGCCCUGUGUUCCAGCACUUUGUACUUUUCCCUUGGCCCCUGGCUGCAGCCACUGCCGUGACGGCACCUGUCGUUCUGCCACGUGCGGCUGCGCUUGUCCUGGGGUCGUGAGACUCCACUGUGUGCAUGUGCGUUCACUGCCUCCCUCCUCUCCUCCACGUAGCUCACAUCACGGGGAGGGCAGAGGGGGCUCACCUGAGAGCUCCAGGCUCCGGGCCGGUCACGCCAAGGGACCCUUCCAUUAAGUGGUGUCACUUAAAGAAGCACUUUGCGAAGGUGGUUUUCGAAGGGUGAAUUCUGGUUGGGAACCAGAAGCUCCCCGUCUUUGGGGCAGGGCUGCGGCAGCCCCUAAGUACCACUGACCCUUAGCUCUUGUCUUUGAUGGCAUUCUCUCUCCACCCUCCCUUCCCCUGUGCUCCUCUGUGGAAGUGUCGCAGGUGUAGCAGCUCGUGCAGCGGAACCACAGCCUCAACUCCCACCCUUUGCCUGCAGGCACCCUGCCCCCGAAAGGACCCAAGGGGCACAGUUCCGAAAAGUGUGACGAGCUGCUCAGCAGGUCAGGCUCAGUGUCUGCCUUGCCCUCGAGGUCAGAAGGUUCUCGCAGCCCUGGGGCCAGAACAUGUGAUCCCUGCUUCCUUUGGGGGGAAAUUGCACUAAAGCAGAACCUGUUCAUUUGUGACCCAGGUUGGAAGGAAGCAGCUUUGAACUCUGGCCGUCCUGGAGUUGACCUGGGUCUGUGGCAGGUUGGGAACUUAAUAGAUGAACCCAUCCUUCCAGAUUUUAAUAUAAACUCUGCCCGUGGCUCUCUCCCUCACUAGACAGUGAGGGUUAAAGAACCGGCAGCCUGGAAAAUCCCACUGCCCAAGCUCGCAGCACCCCGAAGAGAAAUGAAAGAAAUGCUGACUCUCUCUUUCUCUUGUCCUCCCACUCACCCCUAACCCAGUGCUGGGCCUUGUCAGAGGGGCACACGAAACCCUAAACCAGACAGCAAGGCCCUGGGGAAAAGGCCACCAUCCAGGAAGAAUGGAUGGCAGCCCAAGAAAGUCUCUUGUGGAAGGUGACUUAACUCUAAUUUUCUUGGUGACUUUGAGCCUUGGAUACUGGAGGAGAAAUCUUGUUUUGUCUGGAGUCUUACACCAUGUGUUUGUGCAAACAGUCCUCCCCACCCCUGCCUGCCGGAGCUCCUCUGAGUCAAGAAUACCCCCGAAGCAGGACGGGUCUUGCCUACAGAGAGGACAAAAAUGGCACACUGAAGACGGGCACCCCAUCCAAGCUGCUCAGUGAGUUUCCCAGCCUCGCUGUGGCUGGACGGCCCCUGGAACUCAGUAUGUUACUCCAGGAGGUCGGGCGAGCACUAAGAGGUGUGCUUAGGUGAACCUAGACUCACCGUGUAGACCGUGUCCAAGGCCACAAGUCACAGAGCCAGAUCAGCAGCUGCCCUCCACGGCACCUCACAGGAUCUACCCUGACAAAAUGGCUGCCAGGCGAGGGCACAGCCCUACCCCACUGGUCACCGGCACAGAGUCCCCUCCUGGUCUAGCUUCCUCUGGCUUGUGGUGUUCCCUUUCCUGCCUACAGCUGGUCCCUGUCAGGCCCUACAAUGCCAGAGUGGCCACCCUCUUGGCGGCCCUGCCAGUGAGAGGACGGUUGUGUGUCAGAUUUUCCCCAAACCCCCUACGUACGCACACACUCCUGCCCCAGUGCGUUCGGACCGCCCCAACUUUCCAGAGUGUGGUGGGAACGAGGAAGCAGGCGGGCACCCUGCCUGCCCCAAGCCUCCCGGGAGAGGAUACGUCUCCAAGGGGGAGGCUUCACGUUCAAGUUUAGGGUUAUCCGCCUGUGUCAACGAGAUGAGGGGCUCACUCGGGCGGGCAUCGUAAACAAGUUUUCAGUAAGAAGACCCAGGGUGCUGGCGUCUGUGAAGGAUUCAGUGACUUACACAUCAAUAAAUGAGAGAGGUAGGCUUGCACCCGCAAACACUUGUGUUCAGAUAGGCUUUCUUUUUUUGAGAGAGACAAGUGGGUCACAGCUGGAGCCCUGGGAGUAGCAUAUAAUCCAGGGUGUGUCCGUGGCAGUAGAUAUGCAGGAGAAUACCAUCUGUCCUGGUCUGUGAAAAGAAGAUAAUGAAGUCCUGGUCUAAAUCAGGCCUGGCCACGCUUUCUCAGCUCCUCCCUUGUCUAAAUCUGUCUUCCCGGGGCUGGGUUAGAACGACACCAUUUUCUCCUCUGCGGGAAGGAUGAGUAGGUCUUUCGGAGGAAGGAUACCAGGGGCAGAAGUUUUGCAGGGUGAAGUCCCCAGGCACGGGGUGCAGAGUGUCCCUGAAGUGUGCCCAAGGCAGAGCUCACAGGCCUGCUGUCUCUGCUCGAGCUCCCCGCCCCCCCCCCCCC